AGUAACCCCGCGCUCGCCAGGGAGAGAAAGAGACUAGCAGAAAGCCAAGAAGAUCAGCUGGUAGCACAACAUCGCUGAUUUUGUGGAAUUUGUGGACGAUUCUGUGGUAGACAUUGUUGUAGGCAACCGUUUAACAGUAGAGCAUCAUGACACCAGCAGAAUGGAGGACAGCCAGGAGGAGCGAGUGCACGACGAGGAAGAGUGGCAUGUGGAGGCUAUGGCUGUCAUUCAGGACGUAAAGGACUGCGUCUCGCAGAUCAGCAUCUCGUCCCUCCCUUCCUCGAACACCACUAUCUUCUUCAACCUCACCACCAGAGAGAACAACUUUUACUGCAUCGAACUGACGGCUUCUGGUUUCAGGAUUGUGAGCAGAAAGCACGAUGACAACAGCGACCCUCUAGAGCAAUACUACGAGACUCCUUACGCACUAUUGGACAGCAUCAGCCCCCUUUACAGAGAGAGCUUCAGCUCGGCACUGGCAGCCAAACUGAUGCUCCUUGAGAGCUUGAAUGAGGCAGAUGAGCCAGAAUGAUCAGUGAAUCAUGAAGAACUGCGAAGAAAGGAAGAAAAGUCUUCUUUUGCGCUUAUUCAACAGAAUUUUAGCUUAGUAAGAAAGUAGCAUGCUAAAAGUGACUCUGUGCAGGUGUGCUGAAUUGCUGUAGUUGGCAUUGUAAUGUAAAAAAAAAAUAAAAAAUAUUAAAAGUUCUCUGGCCUGGAGGUCUGUGAAACAUCAGUUCAAAGUGGAUGCUUCUCUUCUUGCUCUGAAGUCAGUUUUUUUUUAUGGAAUGCAGACACUGUAAUAAGACACUUAAAUAUAUGAAAACCGGAACUUUCAUGCAGUUGAAGUGUAAUUAAAAUUCAGCUCAUUAUGUGAUCUAGAAAAAAGAAAUCUAGAAGCCAGCUUUCCUGAAACAACUAGUAAAAUUGAGGUAAGAUGGGUCAAGGCAACAGCAACCCUUUGCGGGAGAACCUGGAGUCCCUUCAUAACCAGCUGAUGAGACAGGCCGGUGCCGAUUACGACAUUGCCACCACCACCACACUCACCUACGACCACUUCCUAGGAUACAUUACACAACUGAAUCAAAUAUGUAGAGAGUACAAAGAUAGCGAGGGUCACGUCCUUGUGUUUGCUGUGAAGAAAGGUACAGAUUCCACGAUAUUCUGGAAAGCAACAGUUCGCAUUGCAUGUGUGAAACUCAAUACAUCGACGAAUAAAGUCCAGUCUUACAGGCUUCUCAAUAUACGACAGUUCCUACAGGUAUUCCGUCGUAUAACAUAUGAGUGCACAGGUGGCUCCUUAGGUGGUGUUGAAGGCAUGCUUGGUGUCGAUUCUGCAGAUGGCAGUUCACGCGUGCGGAGCGAGGAAGUGUCUGUCCCUCCCACUAUGGCAGCGUCGAUGGUCCUAGGAAGGAUGCAGGAGCUCCAGGGCGGGACAGAGAACCCCUUGCAAGAGGAAGACCUGCGAAGCGACGGCGCCACGGGAACCCACGGAACGAGUCUGGAGGAAUGCGUCAUCUGUCUGGAGAGACGACCGGAUGUGAUCCUCCCCUGCGCCCACGCCUACUGCCUCCCCUGCAUCGAGCAAUGGUCUGUUGUGGAUAAGACGUGCCCUGUGUGUCGUGAGUCACUGAAGAGUACAGACGACACUUGGGUGCUGUCGGAAGUGCCAGACGACGACCAGGUCAACGAAGAGAUCCGCAGAACGUUGAUCGGCUUAGCGGGAGACAAGGCUCAGAGUCCCAUGUAAAAAGCUGAAGAAGGAGAGAAAGGAAGAGAGCAUAAACGAACUAGAAUGAAUAAGAGGAAUAAAAACCAACUAGGGAUUGUAGAAAAUGAUGCUGAAUUUUCUUUUUCUUUGAAACUGUAAAUAGCAAAUACAGUGCAUUAAGUACAGAUUUUACAAUACAUAGUCACUCUAAGUCAUUGUGAAUAACUUUUUUUUUUUUUUUUUUUUUUUUUUAAGUGGCAGUCAUAGAGAAUACCAAACACUGUGGAAGAGUAUAAGCUAGAUAUUCCUGAUUUAAUAGAGCUGGCAUAAUAAAGGAUUUUGACUUCAAGAAAAAGAAGACAAGGUGUAUACUAGUUCGAAAGUGUAUAGUACCACAGGAGAGCAAACAACAGCAAAGGAAAAUUAUACAAUGCGUUUUCUUCUACCACAAUUGAGGACUUUUUUGAGGAUGUGUCCAAAUGUUGUGAUGUUAUAACAGUGUGGAGAUGUGUGAAAUGUUUCAUUUGAAAAUAUAGAUAAAUAAAUGAGUGAAUAAAUACACAGGAAGAAAAGGCUCUGAGUUCCAAGUGCCUCAAAGAAAAGUCUUUGUAAAUUGAGAAUCUCGGAAUGAUAGAUGUUAUUAAUGAUAUUAUUACAACUAUAAUAUGGACAAAAAAAAAUGCAUUCCCAUUUCCCAAGACAAAAUGCAGCAGGUGGAGAUUAGUAAAGUUAACUUACAAGAGGUCAAUUGUUUAAUCCAGUGCUUCAAAAUCAUGCUAAGUUUGAGCUGUCAUAAUGACCGUGUAGUGUAGACUUAUUAUAGGGAAAGGAUGACACUCCAAAUGCCAAGCAAUCUGGCAUUAGAUUCUUACAGGACUAAAAAUCAAAGCAAGAUUAUCCACAUAUGCUUUUCCUCACAUUACAUGUUUGUGUUUAUUGUUUUCCCUUAAUCCUGAGUUUUCAUUCUUGCCUCACUUACGUUUCACAUUUGUGCAAUUCAAACAUGUCGCUGUGAACUUGACGACGAAAAUUCCUUUACUGGCUCAUAGUUUGCCUGCAGACUCUGCUAUGGCAAAAAAUACUGUACUAUUAAUAUGUAAAUAUAUAUAUAUAUGCAUGUGUAUUUUUAGCCCCUUAUACGGAUACAGUUAACAGUUUUAUACAGAAUAAUCGAUGCAAAUGUAUAAUGGAAGCAUCAUACCAAAUACAUUAAUAUUACUUGUAAUAAAUAGUUUUAUUCAUCUAGUCAUGCAUUUAGCAGUUUAUGGAAAUUCAGUGUGUAAUUUUCAGAUGAAGAGCUAUGGCAUUGUGCUUAUAUAAUUUGUUAUUCUGUAUUAUCAGACUCAGGAUUAAGCUGGAUAUAUUGUAUCUGCUUUAUUGAGAGUGUCUUCAUAAAUACAAAGUUUUAGGACAUCAGAUACUAUGUCAAGUAAUGCUUUGUUGCAGUGAAUAUGCAAGGAAACUUGUUUGAUAGUAAGGCUAUAUAAGAAAAAAAAUAUUUGGAUAGUAUACCUUUCAAUCUAAGCCAAAUCACAUUCGUUAUUUUUAUGCAUUUUAUUUUAUUUAUAUAUAUUUUUUGAUGGGUUAAGGUCUCAACCCCACAGAUAGUUUACAUUGGUACUUGAUACAUGCCUGUCUGGCUGUAUGAAUAGGAUUCUCAGCAUUUUUGGCAUAUAUAUAUUUUUUUCUUUUCUUUUCUUUUUUUUUGUAAUGACAGAAGAUUUAUUUGGGCAAAGGGAAUGCUAACCAAAUAUUUUCUUUUUGUAUGGCCUAAUCAUGUGUCCCUGGAGAUAAGAAUACAUUGUAACUAUCUUUGCUUGAGGAACAUAUUUCUUUGAAGUACCUACUUAAAAUCACACUUCUUGAUUCCUUUGUAGUGGGCAUGGUUCAAACACAGGAUGAAAUGGGUGAACACAGUGGUGUAAGGAAAGGCCCUGUGACUCUCCAAAAGUUAGUGUUUUUGUAUAUCAAAGGUUUCUUUAAUUUUGUGCUCUAGGUAUAACUUCAAGUGUAUAAAGGAACCUUAUAGAUGUAUGUAGUCUUUGUUUUCAGUAAGAUUUACAUAUAAAGACUAAUUGUAAGUCCUGACUAGAUGUGGUAAAGAAUGUAAAACUGAUGAUUUAAAAGCAUCCUCUAUUUCUAGACGUAAAUUGUGACUUGGGGGGGGGUAUAUAAUCUUUGCUAUUGAUGUGUUUAUCUGUCAUUAAUCAAGAGAUAGAGUUGGUUCAUAUGAAUAAUAGUUGAUGUGAUAUGGUUUUAACAUGCUUUUUGGUCUUGUGGAAUGUUUUAAAGGGAAUUGAAACUUAAGAACAUAUGAAUUGUUGUGUUCAUGAUUUCUCAACACACACAGGUCUUAUGGUUGCCGUGGAUAGUAUUAUUUAGCACAAGUGGAAUAGACAUUACAAAAUGUGAAUUUGCUUUAAAGAAAUGUUAACAGAUUUUAUUAUUCUGUGGGCUUCUUGACAGCUUGGCUACAAAUAUCUGUAAUACAGGUAGUAAAUAAUGAGGAGUUGAACUGUUAAUAAAAUUAGAAUUAUUUUUUAUUUCUUUUCUUUUUGUAUGUGGUGCCCCAGGCUUUGGUCGUUAUGUUUAUCUGAUACCAAUGAAUAGAUUAUUAAAGUAGAAAUGCUAACAUUAAAUAUGUAUAUGAAAACAUCUAACAUUUAGGUAAUUUACUUUUUUCUUUUUGAUUCUUGGAAUACAGAAAUUAAUAUUUAUUUCUUAUUUUCAGUAUGCAGUGAAAUAUGAUCAAGCUCUAUAAGGAUGGCCUUAACAAAAAGAAAUAUUUUUAAUCUGUUUAUUCAUUUAAUUUACGACCAAGACACUUCUUGAUGCACAAUGGGGAACAAAUGUGUCACUUCAUUAACAUGCCAGUGGAAGUAGAAAAUUUGUUGUGUAUCUAUGACAUGAAGGCAGCUAAAUGGAUUGUUCAUUUUGAAACAUUUAACGUAGAAAUGGAGUAAUUUUUAUGGUGAAUAGUACUCAGGAAUACUAUGGCAUACUUUUUGCCCAAGUAAAUCUCCUGGAUACUGAUCACUUAACUCAAGAUUUUUAAGAGUAAAAGAAUUAGUAGAAUUGAUGUAGUCGUUGCAAUAUGGAUGAGAAACAUAAUUUUAUAACCUACAGAUGGUAUUAGCUUUAAACAUAUUCCAGGAACACCUAAAUAUAUACAUAACCUCAAAUGGCCCCUACCAUUCUAUACUUAGUGCUGUUACUCAAAUUUUAAAUCUUUCUCUUGCUCACCUUCACUCCAGUAAUCCCAGAACCUUAGACUGUGCCAUAUCCUCCUGUUUAUUAUAAGACAAUAAAGUUAGGUGUACUUUGUAUUCUUUAACUAUUGCCUCAGCCACACACUUUCAAUAUGUUAGAGGCAUUGUCAAUUUCUAGUCUACAUGUAGCACUAAAAUGCUCAUGGUGGAGUUUAUAUAUCAGGUAAUAUGCAAAGAUUUUUUUUAGGACAAAUGGAGACUAGUAUUGAUGCUGAAGUGUAAGUUUCCAUGCACUGACCAGGGCACUAUGAAGUGUGAAGUGAUAACAUUCUUGCACUUAUAUUUAUUGAAAGAUCAAGGUUUUCCAGUAAUUUAGUAAUAUGUAGAGACUAUUUAUUGGACAUUUCAAGCAAAAUGGAACAUUCGUUGACAAUCUGAAACUUUUUUGCUAUACAGAAUUAUUCUAAAUGUACACUCAUUGUACACUUCUCUUGUUGGGGUGUACUGUAUGUGCUUUAGUGUGGCUUAACAUAUUUUAAAGUUUGCAUUAGAUAAAAAAAAAUUAAAGAGUAACGAUAGACUAUGCUUUGUACCAUUUUAGAUCAAAGUAAGAAUUCAUGUGUAUCUUAAUUUCAUCUUUUAGAGAUAGAUUUAAAAUGCUUUUAACAUUGGAAUUCUUGAAGUGUAUUCAUUGCUUGAAGUUUUAUCACUAGGAAUGGAUAAGAAUUCAGUUUAGGGGUGCAGUUGUAACAGGAGCCUGAAAGCUCUGUUGUCCAUGCUACAUUUCACGUUUUUUCUCUUAGCAGGAAAUGACACAGAACAUGAGUGAACAAAAGACAUUUUUUUGAGGGCAGUAUUAUGGACACAAAAUGACUCAGGGUGUACACAUGAACUCUUGUGCAUAUUUGUACACUCUUGCACUUAUACAAUUGAGUAUAUGUCAAGUAUACUGUAUAUUUAUGAUAUCACUCCCUCUGUCUUAUUUUAAAGUUAUUUAUUUUUAUGUCUGUAAUACAAAAAAAAUAUGGCAGUAGGCUCAAAUUUAGCAACUGCUAAAUGCUAUAUACAGAACACAAAGACAUUUCAUUAUUUUAGUUCACUGAAUUUAUUCUUGCUGUAAGUGUUUAUUACCAAUAAAAUUUAUUACAGAAA